CCCAUCCUCGCUCGCAUCCGCAUCUCAUCCUGCGCCCUCCUCCCCCAGCCAGGCCUGUCUCGCGCUGGGCCAAUCUUGUUGACCGAGCCUCGCGCUCGUCUCUUUUUAUUCUUGCCCUUAAGUCUAGCCGCAACUCUCUCGAUCUCGGACAAGAUGGCGGCCCAGGUCCAGCUUGUUGCCCACAAAGCCAAGUCCAGUCCUUUGUAGACUGCGACGCACGCGAGCACCUCCCAACAUCGGUCCUUGCAGGCCCGGCUUCGACUGACUUUCCGUCACGACAAACUAUCCUCCUUUGUACCCUGCCUGGUUCUGUCGCCAUAAUUUACACACUCCCCGACGUUUCUCUCUGACCUCCCUCGUCAAUCAACGAGCCCCAAACACCAUCCACCCGUCCUUGUACUCCACGCGUCCACCACACCCAGAGAACACGACGGCCCCGUGGCACGAUCCGAUACGACCAACGAUCACCCCGUGCCGAGAUAUGGCCUCCAAGAGAAACUCGCGCGUAUUCGUCGACGAGGCAAAGCACCAAGAAGAAGGUCAACAAAAGACCACCAUGUCUCGGCCUCGCCGCGACUCCCGCACCUCAGUCAAGGAAGACGACUUCCAGCAGCAACUUGCCCAGGAGAUGGAGGAAAUCCCGCGGGGCAGCACGACAACAAACGAGAGCUCUUCCUCCGCGUCCUCCGCGUCCUCCAUAUCCUCGCUGUCUCGAUCUCAGAGCAUCAACGGCACAGCCUGGGAGCCGGCCAACGCAGGCCUUGUGUGGCAGCUGGGCGACUCCUUGACGACCGCCGGCGCAGUGGCCUUCACCCACCCCCAUGACUUUGCUCAUGUGCCCCUGGGCGACCGUCCCACCAAUUUUGGUGUUGUGGUCCCGGGCCUCUACCGGAGCAGCUAUCCCAAACCGGACGACUAUGAAUUUUUGCAGAGCCUCAAGCUCAAGACGAUCGUGACCUUGGUAAAGAAGGAUGAGCUGGACUACGAUCUGAAUGCCUUCGCCACCAGCAACGGCAUCCGGCAGGAGGUUUUCAACAUGAAAGGCACCAAGAAGGAGGCUAUCCCUGUGCCCACCAUGAAGGCCAUCCUGGAGCUUGUCUUGGAUCGCAGAAACCACCCCCUUCUCAUCCAUUGCAACCACGGCAAGCACCGGACCGGCUGCGUGGUCGCUGUCAUCCGCAAGUUGUCGGGUUGGGGCACCGAUACUGCCGUGGCCGAGUACAAGUCUUACGCCGAGCCCAAGGUUCGUGAGUGUGAUGUCGAGUACAUCAGCUCCUUUCAGGCCACAUCGCUUCCCCUCAGGUCCGAGUCGGCGAGGACGAGCCCGGUGCAUAUCCGCACCUUCUUUCGCACCCUCGUCUUCUCGACCUUGGUCUUGGCCCUCUGGCUCGUUUCCAGCGUGCGGCUGACCGCUGCGGGUGACUCGUAGCCACCCGCGCGCAUGCUCUGAACAAAAUGACGACUUGACAUCACGACUGACACCUUACGUACGCGGAGACCAACGGCAUUGUGACAUACGUCAGACUUGACGCGGAGAUACUACAAAGACUUAGAGCCCUGGGGCCGGGAGUCCAGAACAACAACCCGUGUAUUUUGGCGGUUAAAGUGGCCCAACUGGCUUGGGCGGACCGGAAAGCUGCGUUUUGGUAGAUUGGGUUGCGAGACACAAGCAUCACCAGGCAUACCGCAUCUUCAGCACACACACAUUGGGUGAGGAACUCGAGAUCGGGACAUCAAGCGCUGAGACCAUCUUGAGUGGCGUUUCGUUUUUUUUUAGGCACGUUCGGUAUAGGGGAACGGGCACCGAUGCAAGAGUCGUGUCUCUUGUCACGUUGAUUUGAUUCCGGGGCCGUGAUCCAUGCCCGCGUGCCGUUUGUUUCUUUUGUGUUUCAUUUGUCCGUUGGGGGUGUUUGGGCUGUGUUCAUGUAGCGAUGGCCGUGGACAAGCAGCAGGAAGCCUAGCAGUAAUAAAACACUCUGGUGAGAAGACCUUUGGUGUCG